AUGAUUGAUAUAUUUAGAAAUUUAUUACACUUUUUAAAGUUUAAGAAGACCUGUGUUGAAGACUUAGCAUUUCGUUUGCAUUGCAAAUAUACAUCAAUGCUAUUAUUAUUUUGUUUUCUUAUUGUUACCACUAAACAGAUUGUCGGCGAACCUAUAGAUUGCGAUUCCAAUAGAGAUUUUGUAAAGGGAUCGGUACUCAACACUUACUGUCUAAUACAUCACACUUAUCUGAUCCGAAACGCAUUUAAUCGACAGCUCGGCAAAGAAGUGGCUUAUCCUGGUUUGCGUGAGGGAACCGAUGAAAUCAAAUAUCCGUAUUACCAAUGGAUUUGGUUCAUCUACUUUAUUGAGGCCCUAUUCUUCUACACUCCGCACUGGUUCUGGAAGAACUUGGAGAGCGAAACAAUGGAUAGAUUAUUGAAUUGGGAGUGUCAUCACAACCAGAAAGAUAGCCGCUGUUUGAACAGAUGUCGUAAGACUCACAUUAGUAAAUGUCUGGUCAAAUACCGCAAAUACGACUCUUAUGCCCGAAACUACCUGAGCUGUAGUCUAUUAGCAUUGUUUAACGCAUUCCUACAGAUCUUUCUAAUUGAUCUCUUGUUUAACGGCGAGUUCUAUAGCUAUGGACUCAAUGUCUUUAGUUUUAUAUUGUCUGAACCCGAAAGUAAAAGAGAUGCACUGACUCGGGUAUUCCCAAAGAUGACGAAAUGCAUGUUUCAUAAGUAUGGUUCCGGCGGAAGCAUCCAAACGUUUGACUCGCUCUGUAUAUUGCCAUUGAAUAUGUAUAACGAAAAGAUUUUCAUAUUCUUGUGGUUUUGGUUUGCAAUUAUAUCAGUGGUUCUCAUGAUUAAAAUUGCCAUCAAUGUCACCAUUUUAUUCAGUCCAUACCUGCGAUCCUAUUAUUUUAAGCGAACAUUUCCCGCAACUAAAUCGAUGACCGAAGACUUUGACUUACGAAAAGUAUCGUUUGGACAGUUGUUUAUGUUGUUUCUGAUUAAAGAGAAUAAAGGCAUUGAAUUCACCAAUAAAGUGAUUGACGAAGUGUUACCCUAUAUUUGUGGCAAAAUUAGUUCAAAGGGUAGAAACAAUUCAACACUUAUUAGCAAAGUUGACAAACAUGAAGAAAUCGUAUGAAGAGGUCAUCUUCUAGC